GCCCUCUCCAGAAUGAAGAAGUCAGCAGCCCAAGAGCUAAAGUUGCCACUCAGACUCAGUUUAGUUUUCGGUUGUGCUUGUGUUCAGACGUAAAAGUUAAUUGAGUGACAGUGAAUUUUCAUAAUCGGUCAUUCAUCGGCCACUUCAGGAGUGUUUUAUAUUAUCUAUUGCUCUGCAUGUGAGUGACAAUUUUUCAAACAACAAUAAUCACGCACUAGUCUUCAGUGCUGUAUUAUCAUAGAUGAUAUAUAUAUAGAUUACGUAGGAGUACAUAGGUGUAAAAGUCGGUCAUUCUCAUAGCGAAACCACUUUCUGAACUGCUCUAUAACUAACUGUUAUUGUUAUUUCUUUCAUCAGCUCUCUCUAUGAGACGCAGGUUAUAUUAGUUUUAACAAAAGCCUUUUCGAUGUGCGCCUUUAGUUUAUGUACAUACUUACAGUUCACCGGAAUCACUUCAUUAUAGGAAGAGCCUAUCGCAGCCAAUGAAAUUGGAGAGUGUCCUGCAAUCGAGACUCUCUACAUGCAAACAAGUUAAUUUGAUGUACAUCUCUUUGUUUAAAGAUGCACACUUUUCGACAGAGCAAUGGAGAAACGGUGUUGCAUUAGCAGCUCCUACCGAUGAGGGUCAUGAUGCGGCCCCUGCCAUUGGUGCUUAUGCUACUAGUGCUGGCCGCUUACUGCCUAGCUGCUGGCUCAGAUGAUAUGAAAACACUCGCAACAUUAGAUCUUGAUUCAAGAUUUCCAGCCCAAGUGAUAGCAUCUUCACUACCUUUACAUCAGCUGAAUUCACCAUCUUCGGCAGUCAAAGCUCAAUCGGAAUCAACACAACCAGUUGACAUGACGGUGGAGCCAACACUACAAGACAGCACUGACUUUCAUCUCCUUCAAGACGCUUUGGAUGAGAAUAACAAUCUUCUUCCUAGUCUCAGUUCGGGGGAAGUCUACAGGGCUUUGGGACGAGCCAGGUCUUUGGCUGCCCCGAAGCCCGAGCCUGCAACAGAGAACAACAGGGAGAGGGAGAUAGAGAGGGAGAGUUCUGUCAACCUGACGUCGGCGAGAACGUCCAGUCCGGACAUACAGGACAUCAUAACAGGAUUUGUGAAGCUCCUCAACCCAAAUGCACAGACUUCACAAGCAAAUCGACCUCUUCGGACGAGAAUCAACAACCGUGGUCCACCGCGCAUCACAGAUCUGGUUCUGCCACCUCCUACCAAGCCACCUUAUCCAUUCCAGAAGCCACCCUUACUGUCUCCACUGCCGGCCCAAUCUAGGCCACAGGCACCACCCAUCCCCAUCCACCAGCCCCAACCAUUCCCCUUGCCUCGUCCAUCCACCCAAUCUCCAAUCUCCAUCACCACCGACAGCCACGACAUCGUCCAGCAAAACAACCAACACACUCUCCUCACAAAUACCAACUCCAAUAUCAGCAGCAGCAGCAACAGUUUCAGCAACAAAAACGUGGCCAACAUCAAUUACGGCACCGUCAAAAAUGAAAGCUUCAGUGACAUCAUAAUUAUUGGCAACAACAGUAGCCUCCACACAAACAACAACAAUGAUUUCAAUAACUUUAUCUCAAAACACAGUAACAAUAACAGUGAAAACUCCCAUCACCAUGUCAACUACUUCAGUGCACUUCCAGCUCCAACGAUAGCUUCUUACAAUACUUCGAUCAUCACAGUGCAGUCUUCAAUCGAUUCAUCACAACUAAAGAUAGCUGCAUCGAAGACGACUUCACAUAAAAUUCAGCCUACUUCUGUUUUGAAUAAAACAGUACAGAGUUCAUCCUCGUCAGUAUUCGCUGCUAUUGAACCGUCCAUCCAGGAAGUGUCAACUGAAUUGAAUGACAAACCAAGUAGAUGGCAUUCAACUUUACUACAAAGUGAAGGGAAGUAUGCGCCACGUCCAGGGAUCGUUCUGGAUGAUACUGAAUACAAGCCGGGAGUCGCUGAAGUGAGCCAACGCACUCCCCUGCUGGGAGAUAUUUUCGACGUGACCGUAUCGGCCGUUCAGGGCGGCGAAGCUUCUCAGACAGCACAGACUGGUCGUCCUUACGUCUAUCCAGUUGAGGUGGAUGGUGUAAAUGUGAUAACAACAGCUGAACCUGGACAGCACUUUGUAUCGAUUGAUGGCAAGAGAACUUACAUCAAUCUGCUGGGUCGACCAACCAGCUCCACUCCCAAUAUGGGAACAGUCAGUGAGACCACUGCCGAAAAACACAGGGUCAAACCAGUCGGACGUCCAUACUACCAAAGACCUACAAGUCCACCGGUGAGAAUAGACACGUGUAUUGUUGGAGAUGAUUCCACGUGCGAUGCUUCUCAGCAUGAGUAUUGUAAAACUGAGUUUGGAGUUUCUAGCUGUCACUGCCGUCCUGGCUACAGUAGGCGUAGACACAGAGAAUCAUGUCAUAGAGUUCUGUCGCUUGUUCUAUCAAUCAAGCCAUCCAAGCUGUAUGAACAUCAACUUGUUUGGUCAAACAAGCUACUAGAUAGGGAGUCACAUGAAUUCAUCCAAAUCGAAUAUGAAGCAAGCCGAGCUAUUGACUCAGCACUAUCAAUGACUCCUUACUCAGAUGAGUUGCUUGGUAGUAAAGUGAACAAUAUUUACAAGGGUAGUGACAGCUCUUCAGUCUAUGUGAACCUGACAAUUCAACUUGAAGACACUAGUUUUGUGGCGAAAAGAAGGUCUGAAGAGACCCUUCGCCAGGAUAUGCACUAUCAGUUGGUGGGCGCAAUCAAUAGACGAGGCAACAAUGUAGGGAACAGCGGUUUAUGGGUGGAUAAUCCACAGGCUGCCGUUUCUCCAUUAUAUGAUUUGGACGAAUGCAGUUCACCAGAUCUGCACGACUGUCACAUGCAUGCCGUGUGCAGAAACACAUUCGGCUCGUUCCAGUGCACAUGUGGCAAGGGCCUGAGAGAUACAAUGGCCGCAGAUGACAGCCGCAGUGGAAGGCACUGUGAAUCGUGUCCUGCCGAGCUGUGCGGCCAUAGAGGAUACUGCGAAUACAAUUCCAACUCAGGACAGCCGGUUUGCAAAUGUCUUGGAAACUUCUAUGGCGCUCAAUGCCAGAUAGAUGGAGAGGUUCUUGGCGUGGCAGUUGGGGCUUCCCUUCUAGCUGUUAUUAUUAUAGCUAGUACAUUGGCUUGCCUGUGUAUAUGGAGUCGAAAAUGGAGUCGGGAAGAUGACAACAUGACUCAGUAUGGUACACAUCCUUACACGCUGAGGGGUCCAAAAAUGCCUCAAUAUGGAGUUUGUUUAGAUGAGAGGCUUAGGUGGGCACAAAUGACCGACACUGUCAACCAUUAUGCUCCGGAGCCAGUUUGCCGAGGUCCCCCUCUGCCCCCUCCUCCGGCUUUGUAUGGCCGAGGACCUCCUCCGCAACUGUCCAGCUCAGAGGAUGAUGACCUCCAUCUAUUGUCAGGCGCACCAUUCCACGUGCCGCGACCCAAGUCUACCUCUAAUGAGAGUGCAAUAUAUUGGACUGCUGAAUACGCUCAUCAUACAGGACCAAGAAUGGUCACUGCUCAGUUUUAAAUGAACAUUCAUCGAAUAUAAUAUUAUAGUUGCAAUUUUGGACAUACUGUAGUUAUGCUUAAUAAACAUAUUUUGUAUUUGUUAGUUUUUCCAACAG